AUGGUUCAUCCCAAACCUAGGUCCAGUAGCGCGGCAGCCGCGUCUACAACCACGACGACCGCCUCAAAUCUCGCCUCGCCCUCCAAUCGGCGUCCGCCACCCCGCAUGAACUCGGGCUCCUUCCACGCCGGCGCGCCCUUCCCGUCCCUGAACUCGUACUCGGAAGCGCCGCUGAGAUCCCCCCGCUCCCAUCGUCGCCUACAGUCCAGCUCCCAAGGUUACCAAACCUUCCCGACAGCUCCUCCCAAGACCCCUCGUGACGCCGAGCGCACGUUUGAUGAUUUGGUAGUAUCUGAAGACACGGCAAGCUCGAGUUCCGACGAUGAAGAGGACCACACUGCCACGCCGUUACCCCUCAAGCAGCUGGCCUUGCUAGCUCUGCUGAGCCUUGCGGAACAGACUGCCCUCAACUCCAUUUCUCCAUACCUGCCCACCAUGGUGCGCAACUUUUCCGAGAUACCAGAGUCGCAGACCGGGCUGUACGUGGGUCUUGUAGCGUCCGCCUUUGCCCUUGCUCAGUUGGCGACGAACCUGAUCUGGGGGGCAAUGUCGGACCGCAUCGGCAGGAAGCCAGUCCUACUGUUGGGUACGACCUUGUUAGCCGGGUGCUUCAGUGUUUUUGGGCUGUGCACCAAAUACUGGCACUUGGUGUUGGUGCAGGUGGCGAUGGGUCUGCUAAAUGGUAACGCAGCCGUCGUGCCAACCUGCUUGGGCGAGCUGACAGAUCGGAGUAACCAGAGCAGUGCGUUUACUUGGCUGCCGGUCAUGUACAGCAUUGGGAGCAUUACGGGGCCGGCGCUCGGUGGGCUCCUGAUCCCGGAUGAUGUUUCGGACUCGAGCUACCCUUUUCUAUAUCCCAAUGUGGUCUCUGCCGCUCUGUUGAUCUUUGCGGUGGUGGUAUUGUCCAUUUGGUAUGAGGAGACGCUGGAGGAAUAUGACCCCAACGCCGAGUUCCCCGGCCUGGGGUGGGUGCGUUGGCUCAAGGAGCGAAUCUGGCGCGACCGGCCCGCGAGAGUGCGCAACGGUAGCUGGAGCUCAAGGUGGCCGACAAGGAGCCAUGGUCAAGUGGCAGGCGACGACGAUAGUGGCGAAGACUCUGGAGUUGAAGACCCUCUCUUGUCAAGUUACACGAGCCAAGGUAGCAGUGGGGAGCAGACUCUUGUAGGAUCAUCGGGCCAAAGCUCGGGCGAUUCCAAGAACCUCCAUAACACGGACUCGCAAAUGUCUGUUUUCCGCCAGCUGCUCAACCACCGAACAGUGUUGGUGCUCGCAACAUACCUGGUGUUUCAACUAUCCAACAUCUCGUUCAAUAGCCUGUACCCCAUCUUUGCGUCGUCUCCGGGCCCAGCUGGUAGGGACAUGAACCCUGAGACGAUAGGGUUGCUGCUCAGCUUCGCAGGCUUCAUGACCAUCGCCUUUCAAAUUUCCGUCUUCCAGCCUAUCAAGGCACGCAUGGGAAACCUCGGUAGCUACCGGUAUGCCCUGAUGGGUAUGGCCAUCAGCAUGGCGCUGAUGCCAUGGACUGGCUUCACAGGUGGUGACGAGAACCAGCCGCCAUUUGGAUUCGGGUCGGCAAGCAACUGGCUGUACGCCGAGAUGGCCGUGGUACUUGUCGUGAAAAACAUUUGCGCCGUCGGCGGGCUGAGCAGCGUGAUGUUGUUGAUCAACAACUCUGCGCCAUCUCAUGAAACCCUGGGCACGCUCAACGGUAUCGCGCAAACUUUGUCGGCUGCCGGACGAAGCAUCGGUCCUUUUGUGUCUGGCGGGCUCUUCACCCUCUCGAGCCAAGUGCGGCCGCGCGGCGAGCUGGUAGCGUGGGGUGUAUUUGGAGGUAUCGCGCUACUGGGGUGGUUCGGAACAUUGGCUAUAAGGGGUGAGGGCUUGGAAAGUGCCGACUGGGUCGGUGAAGAAGAAGGCGACGAAGCCGAGGAUACAGAGGCUGGGCUGUAA